CUUCUUCCCAAAAAUUUUUUUCUCUCUUUUCCCCUCUUUCCCUUCUCCCUAGCUAAUCCAGCUCCUCUCGUAAUCUUAGAACAAUUUCCUCUAAUUAUUGUUUGUUCUAACAUUCCUAGAUCUUACCCAGAGUCGGGGAGAGCAAAUCGACGCGCAUCCAUGUUGAAAAUCUUAACAUAUCAAAAUCGCUCGAAAACAAUGUGUAAAGAGAUGCAACCCUAAUUUCUUCAUCAUCUCAGAGAUCUUCAAACACAACGUAAGAAUUUCUUCAAAUACCCCAUGCACGCACGUGCGCGCGAUGUAAUAAAAAUCCGACAUAUAUGAUUGAUUCGUCAACGCGACACGCCACCAUCAGCAACAUUGCGAAAAGGCUCGACGACGACGAGGACGACGUGGGAGCCAUAAAAUCGGUCCAUGCAUGCAUGCAUGAUUCAUUCGAACCAGAAAAGGCUGCUGAAACUGCUGGGGAUCAAGAAGGUGUGGGUGGGUGUUAUGGGCUGCAUUUGCUCCAAAGGUGGCCAGCAACCAAACAAUGGAAAUUACGUAGACAGCAACCACAACCACAACCACAACCACAGCGGCGGCAAGAGCAAGGAGAAGAGCAAGAAAUCCUCCAAGCGGUCAAAGAGGGAUCAAGACGUCGACAACGACGACGAUUACGAGAACGUCUGCGCCGUGAUCGAGCAAUGCGGCGGCGGCGGCGGCAACUUCGACGGCGAACCCGGCGGGCUAGGGAUCUUCCCGUUGACCCCUAACGAUCACGAGGAGACGAAGAAGGGCGGCAGCAGAUCCAAUCACCAUUUCCACCACAAGAUGUCGUCGUCGUCGUCCGCGGCGGCGGCCGGGGGGGUGUCGAGCAUGGCGCACGGCGGCGGGAAGGCUGCUGCUCAGGUCGUCGCCGGGUGGCCGUCGUGGCUCACCGCCGUGGCGGGGGAAGCCAUCAAUGGGUGGAUCCCACGACGGCUCGAUUCCUUCGAGAAGCUGGAAAAGAUUGGACAGGGGACGUACAGCAGCGUGUACAAGGCGCGCGAUCUGGAGUCGACGAAGAUCGUCGCGCUGAAGAAGGUCCGGUUCGCGAACAUGGACCCGGAGAGCGUGAGGUUCAUGGCGAGGGAGAUCAUCAUUCUGAGGAGGCUCGACCAUCCCAACGUCAUGAAGCUCGAAGGGAUUAUCACCUCCAGAACGUCGGGCAGCCUGUACCUGGUGUUCGAGUACAUGGACCACGACCUCACCGGACUUCUGUCCAGUUCGGGAUCUCAGUUCACCGAAUCGCAAAUAAAAUGCUACAUGAAGCAGCUGCUCACGGGGCUGGCGCACUGCCACAGCAGAGGAAUCAUGCACCGCGACAUCAAGGGCGCCAAUCUCCUGAUCGACUCAAAAGGGAUUCUCAAGAUCGCCGAUUUCGGGCUCGCAACUUUCUGCACUCCUCCUUCCAAACCAACCAGCGACAACAGCAAGCCUCAGCCGCUGACGAGCAGAGUGGUGACGCUGUGGUACAGGCCGCCGGAGCUCCUGCUGGGAUCCACGGACUACGGCGUGGAGGUCGACCUGUGGAGCUCCGGGUGCAUUUUGGCGGAGCUCUUCAACGGGAAGCCGAUUAUGCCGGGGAGGACGGAGGUGGAGCAGAUCCACAAGAUCUUCAAGCUCUGCGGUUCCCCCAGCGAGGAGUACUGGAAGACGUCGAAGCUGCGGCACAGCACCACGUUCAAGCCGCAGCAGCCGUACAAGCGGCGAAUCGGGGAGACGUUUGGGGAAUUGCUUCCCUCGUCGGCGUUAGGGCUUGUGGAGGUGCUUCUCUCUGUUGAGCCGGAGAAUCGCGGGACUACUGCUUCGGCUCUUGCUAGUGAGUUCUUCACGACGGAACCUCUUCCUUGCGAGCCGUCCAGCCUGCCGAAGUACCCUCCGAGCAAGGAAUUCGAUGUCAAGCUCCGGGAAGAUGACAAUAAAAGGAAAAGAGCAGCAGGAGGCAAAGGCAAAGGAAGGGAAUCAGAACGGAUAUUUACAAGAGGAGCUAAAGUCAUGGCAGCUACUAACAGUAACAUAGACGUGCAUAUCUCUGCAAAGAGGAGGAAAGAACGGGAUCGGAAGGAGAAAGCAACGAAGAACAACAACGAAAGGUCGAAGAACAAUAAGGAGGAUGAUUGUGAUGAUGAAGCUGAUUCCAAUACAAUGUCUGCAACAAGGAAUAACGCGAACUCUCGUGAUCUAAACCUUUCCUCUGAAGGUGGCGAUCAAGGAGGAGUUGGUGGUGGAAGGAACUCCAAUCAAACGUCUUCCUCUGCAGCAGCCAAGCUAUCGAGGUUCUCAAACUCAGUAGUGAUUAGAGACAACAAUGCCAGUUCAUCAUCGCAGUACCCGGGUUACGGCGGUGGUGGGAGCAGCUCCCACUGGCAGCAGCUCCGUUUCGGUCGCCACAACUUGGAGGAUGCAUCUGCACACCCUAUCCUCGGCGAAUCCAAGUUCGGCAACAAGGGCGAACGCUCUUCCGUGGAUUCUGCUCGGGGGUUCUACGGGAAGAAGGGCAGGAUGCAUUACUCGGGGCCAUUGAUGACAGCAGGAGGCAACAUCGAGGAGAUGCUGAAAGAGCACGAGAGGCGAAUCCAGCAUGCAGUAAGGAAAGCGAGAUCGGGGAAGAACAAGAACUUCCAAGCAGGCGAUGAUGGUGAAGAUGGCGGCGGCGACGACGACGGGUCGCAGUUGUAUCGAGCUCGUUAAUGGAAGAUUGGAAGGUGCUGCUGAUGAGGAUGAACGAUUUCAAGUGAUCAUGCAUGGCUGAAAAAGAGACUGCAGUAUGUCAAAAUUUUGUUCUAUCUGCAUGUCCUUAUUAGCGUACGAGUUUAGCACACGUCGUUAUGCUCAAAUGGUUAUGUUAAACGUUAACCAUGGUGUUGUUAAGGUGCUGUGAUAUUGAAUCUGAUUUGUUGAUAGAACAGAGACUUAUGCCGGAAUGAAUGGAGGAUGUCAGCUUCCGAUGACAGGGGGAUUUGUAUGAAUGUGGAUGUAAUUAUCAGUAUCCAAAUAAAGGUCUAGACAAAGGAAAGUGAAUUAUGUUGACUUUUUCGCUAUGUCAAGAACCAUGGUCAUAGAAAGAAAUAGGCAAAAUACACUUGUAUAGCCAUAACUUUCACAUUUUUGACAAAUAUAGC